AUGGCUCUGGCAAAGUUACCUAAAGCUUUCGGCCUUGCUGGAAACUUUAAGAAGGGUUAUUUUCCACACUUGUUUAACACCCUGGAAAAUCAGCAAUAUGUGGGUCCUUUACCAUCUGCUGAAUUUUACGGUCCGAAUCAGAUGAAGCCCGAGGACCGACAUACGUUUUUAAACUGGCAUCAAGAGCAUCAGAAUGAUGUUUUUAAUUUCCAGGAGGAAAUCGUGGCAUAUUGCAAGUCGGACGUUGAAAUACUAAUGAGAGCCUGUCUUUCAUUUAGGUCGAUGCUUCUUAACGAGUGUAAGGUUUGUCCAUUCACCGAAGCAACAACAAUAGCAUCAGCGUGUAAUAAGGUGUUUGCACGAAACUAUCUGGAAGCCGAUACAAUCGCCGUUAUUCCCCGUGGUGGUUACCGAUUGGCUGAUAAUCAAUCGGUUAUCGCUUUACAAUGGUUGUUGUGGGAGGAGAACGUACGAGGAAUCACCAUACACCACGCCGGUACAGGUCGAGAACACCUAGUAGGAGGAGGACUCAAAGUUGACGGUUUUAACGAGGAGCAGCGUCAGGUAUUCGAGUUUCACGGUUGUUACUUCCAUGGAUGCACCAGCUGUUUCAAAUUUCACCGAGACACAUCGAUUGGAGGAGGUAAAAUGGAUACCAUGCGAAAUCGUUACGAGGCCACCACCAUUAAAACGACUCGACUUCGCAACCUGGGAUUUGAAGUCAUCGAAAUGUGGGAAUGUAACUUCCGCGCAUUAUUAAAACAGAGUUGUGAAGUGCGUGAUUUUGUCGAAAACCAUCCCGUGUUCGCAACAACACCAUUGAAUCCUCGUGACGGUUUUUAUGGAGGUCGAACCGGAAACACUGUUACAUACUACAAAUGUAACGAGGGUGAGCGCAUCAAAUACAUCGAUGUAUGUUCGUUGUACCCUUUUGUGUGCAAGUACGGCCGAUUUCCUCUAGGACACCCCACAAUUUAUGUAGGAUCUGCAGCCCGGGACAUUGAUUUAUCCACCGUAGAUGGCAUGGUGAAAUGUAAAAUUUUACCACCCGCGCAGUUGUACCACCCCGUUCUCCCUGUCAGGAUGAAGGGAAAGUUAAUGUUCGCCCUUUGCAACAGCUGUGGUGAAAGUUCACAGCAGCGUGAGUGUUGCCAUACAGAGGAAGAACGAUUGUUCACAGGGACAUGGGUAAUUGCAGAAGUCGUGAAAGCAUUGGAAAAAGGCUACAGGAUUGUGGAAGUGUUUGAAGUGUGGACCUACGAAACGCGUCAAUACAACCAUGCGGCGGGUCAGCCGGGUUUAUUCACAGAAAUGAUGAAUAAAUUCAUCAAAAUUAAACAGGAAGCCUCCGGCUGGCCCGCGGAUUGCAUAAACGAUGUGGUGAAACAACAACAAUAUCUGGUGGAUUUUGAAGAAGCUGAAAAAGUGAAGCUAACACCGGAACGCAUCGAAAAUAACCCUGGUCUUCGAUCCCUCGCCAAAUUAAUGUUGAAUUCGUUCUGGGGAAAGUUUGGACAACGUGAAAACCAACCACAAACGACCAUCGUCAACGAUCCUCAGGAAUGCUUUGAUCUCCUUGCGCAUCCGUCGAAGAAUGUCAACAGUAUAACUCCUGUGAAUGAACAAACAAAUUUCCUUCGUUGA